GGAGCGGGCCCGCCAUGGAGCACAUCCGCACGCCCAAGGUUGAAAAUGUCCGCUUGGUAGAUCGAAUGUCUUCUAAAAAAGCAGCCCUAGGUACUCUGUAUUUGACGGCUACUCAUGUAAUAUUCGUGGAAAAUGCACCUGACACAAGAAAAGAAACAUGGAUUCUUCACAGUCAGAUUUCCACCAUUGAAAAACAGGCCACAGCCGCUACUGGGUGCCCUCUACUGAUUCGCUGCAAGAACUUUCAGCUGUUACAGCUCAUCAUUCCCCAGGAAAGAGACUGCCAUGAUGUGUACAUCUCUCUGAUACGCCUUGCUCGGCCAGUGAAAUACGAGGAGUUAUACUGCUUUUCAUUCAACCCCAAGCUGGACAAAGAAGAAAGAGAACAGGGCUGGAUGCUGAUUGAUCUCAGUGAAGAAUACAAGCGAAUGGGCCUCCCUGAUAAUUACUGGCAGCUCAGCGAUGUGAAUAGAGACUACCGAGUUUGUGAUUCUUACCCUACUGAACUGUACGUUCCCAAAUCGGCCACGGCACACAUCAUCGUGGGGAGUUCCAAAUUCCGGAGCAGACGGCGAUUUCCUGCCCUUUCUUACUACUACAGAGAUAACCACGCCUCCAUCUGCCGGAGCAGCCAGCCCCUGUCCGGCUUCAGUGCCCGCUGCCUGGAGGACGAGCAGAUGCUCCAGGCCAUCAGGAAAGCCAAUCCAGGAAGCGACUUCAUUUACGUCGUGGACACUCGGCCUAAACUCAAUGCAAUGGCAAAUCGCGCCGCAGGGAAAGGCUAUGAGAACGAAGAUAACUACUCCAAUAUCAAGUUUCAGUUCAUCGGGAUAGAGAAUAUCCACGUCAUGAGGAACAGUCUGCAAAAAAUGCUGGAAGUGUGUGAACUUAAAUCUCCCUCGAUGAGUGACUUUCUGUGGGGACUGGAGAACUCUGGCUGGUUAAGGCACAUUAAGGCCAUCAUGGAUGCAGGAAUCUUCAUAGCAAAGGCGGUUUCAGAGGAAGGGGUGAGCGUGCUCGUUCACUGCUCCGACGGCUGGGACCGGACGGCCCAGGUGUGCUCGGUGGCCAGCCUCCUGCUGGACCCGCGCUACCGGACCCUGAUGGGCUUCAUGGUAUUAAUUGAAAAGGACUGGAUUUCCUUUGGUCAUAAGUUUAAUCACAGAUACGGCAAUCUUGAUGGUGAUCCAAAAGAAAUCUCUCCAGUUAUCGAUCAGUUCAUUGAGUGUGUCUGGCAGUUAAUGGAACAAUUUCCCUGUGCCUUUGAGUUCAAUGAGAGAUUUCUGAUUCACAUUCAACAUCACAUUUAUUCCUGCCAGUUUGGAAACUUCCUAUGUAACAGCCAGAAGGAGCGACAAGAGCUCAAAAUUCAAGAAAGAACAUACUCCUUAUGGGCUCACCUGUGGAAGAAUCGGGCCGACUACAUGAAUCCUCUGUUUCGAGCUGAUCAUAGUCAGACCCGGGGAGCCCUUCAUCUCCCCACAACGCCGUGCAACUUCAUGUACAAGUUUUGGAGUGGGAUGUACAACCGCUUCGAAAAGGGGCUGCAGCCCCGACAGUCUGUGACAGAUUACCUCAUGGCGGUGAAGGAGGAGACCCAGCAGCUGGAGGAGGAACGUGAGGCCCUGGAGGAGAGGCUGGAAAAAAUUCAGAAAGUCCAGUUAAAUCACACUAAAGUGAGGAGUAAGCAAAGUGAACCCAGCAAACACUCAGGGUUUUCUACCUCAGACAACAGCACAGCCAACACGCCCCAGGAUUACAGCGGGAACAUGAAAUCGUUUCCAUCCAGGAGUCCUUCACAAGGUGACGAAGACUCUGCUCUCUUUCUAACCCAAGACAAUUUGAAAAGCUCAGAUCCGGAUCUGUCGGCCAACAGUGAUCAAGAGUCCGGGGUGGAGGACCUGAGCUGUCGCUCCCCAAGUGGCGGGGAGUGCGCCCCCAGCGAAGACAGCGGCAAGGACCGUGAUUCUGACGAAGCUGUGUUUCUCACUGCCUGAACGUGCUCUGCGGAGCUCCAAAAUAAAGGACACACAGGAAACACUUUCCAAAAAUAAGGGAGCAGUGCAAUUUAAAAUAAAAAGUCAUUCAAGAAAUGGGAAAUGUCUUUGAGAAUUAUAAAACAUAGCAAUGAAGAGAGAAAAAUGUUCAGCUUUUACUUUCUUUAGAUGCUGAGGAACAGGAAGUAGCCAUUUCUUUUACCAAACAUAUAUAAGAAAAGUUAUUACAUUCCCCAUUUUAAGUUGUUCUAGGUUCUGAGAGUUUUGUUUCCCACAUAGAGCUGACCUCUUCCGUCCCGAGUUAUUGGCACAAAUCUUCCUUUCAUAGCAUGCAUCUGCUCAGAGUGCCGACCCCUCGCUGUCUCCCACCUGUUGUCUCAGUCUUUCCCCUUAUUUCACUUCCAGAUACUUGUUUUCUAAAACACUUGAUGUUGUCUUCCUCCCUGACUCUGUUAUCACUAUUUCUGGUAACGGAGCGCACGGUGGAACGGUACCCUGUGUGGUUAGCAGAUGUCUCUGUAAUUGCUUGAGCUUAUCUUUCAGGGUUAAUGAUCACUUUAACUCUUCCUUACGUGAUAUAUUUUGAAUUGUUAUAAUAAUCGUGUUGCCUUCUUCUGCAGCCUCAUCAUUUAAAAAAUGCUGAAACUUAUAAUUCACCUUUUCUCUAAUGGGUCUAAUACCUAAUAAAAUACAAGCAACAUUUA